AAUACCGGAAAUGUCUAAAAUGCAGCCCACGUGAAUAAAAUGAAUAACAGGGACUGCAGCAAUAUACUGCCGCUAUUAUCUAAAGCUAAAUUCCUAUGUGUAGCUUAAACUAGUUCAAACAUUAAGUAGCAGUUUAUAAACCGUUAUAACGUAGCUCUGUAACAAAUGACGUGAGUUCGUUAGGUGCUAAGCUAAUCAAUAACAUUAAACCAAACUCGCACUUCUGUGCACGUAGCAACCUGCAAGUGGCCUUGUAUUUUUUGUUUUUUACAGCAAAAAGGAGUUUUACAAACGAGCGCUUUAACGUAUUUAAGAAUGUUUUAGCCAGACCCGCCACAAUGUUAAGUCGUCUACAGGAACUGAAGAAGGAAGAAGAGACUCUGCUGAAGAUCAAAGACAUGUUACAAGACCAGCUCAACAGACUCAAGUUUGAAGAAGGCGCCCUGAAGUCUAUUAUCAACGCUCAGACAGACGACGGCCCUUCACAGCCUACCAGUCCUGCUGAGGCUCCGGUGAAUCCGGACGAUGAGGCAGAGAUCAACCAAACUAAACUGCUCCUGAGCGGCCCGGUGGACUAUGACAUGGAGGAGGAAGAGGAAGAUGAUGAGGAAGAUGUAGAUGACAACGAGCUUGAAGCAGUGCCUGAGGAAGAGGAGUAUUACUGAGUUUCUAACAGCUCCAAGUGGCCUGAUCAACAGGAUGUGGAUAAAGGCACUGGACAAAAGUGCUGGACUGUUUUGGGAAUUGCAGUACCUGUAGCACCGAAGAGGACGUGUGGAUAAUAUAGAAAUAUAUUCCAGGCGGUUGGUUUUCUACUGGAUCCCCAUCCUAUGACUCUGAUUUUAUUUAUUAGUUAAGCUGUAACAUGACAUGUAGCCUGGAACCUCACAAACACGUUUCUUAACUCCUUACAGAACUGAUAUAGCCCGGAGAUAGUCCCUUAAUGCUGAGUCCUUAUGAAACGGACAUAGCCUGGAGAUGUUUAGUCUCUUUGUGCCAACUCCUUAUGAAACUGACAUUAGAUUUCUUCUCGUUUCUGAAUCCACAGUUCUUUCUGUUUGGUUAUCUUAUGUUUUAGCUUUAAAAACAAUAUUAAUUGCAACAGACAGAAUGUUUACUCUGAACAUUCUUAAAUGUGACCGAAAUGUUGUUUAGUUCUGUGACUAAGUUAAAGUUCAGUUUUCAAAUUAUUUUUGCCUCUCGUUUUUUGCCAUAUAAUUUUUUUUGAGACUGGUUGGUUGCAACAUUGGCCUCACCGACCCCUACAUUUUCAUUCAAAUCAUAGCCUUUUUUCACAUAGUUAAAAGCAACAAAGAAAUCAAACAUUAGCAUAUUAAUCUGAAUGCUUCUUCGCACCGUUUAUACCUGCUUUUAACAUGCGUCAUUUAACCCGAUUAGAUCUGAUCUUUGCUGUUUCAGAUCACAGUGCAUUUAUUAUUCAUAUACACUUGUGGCACAAUCACAAUGUGGAUGAAGUCAUAACAAAGGACGCAUGUUAGAACCAAGUAUGAAUGAAGCUCCAGAGACAUUUCAUAUGUAAGCUCAUACUGUAUACAUACUGUUACAACUAAAUACACAGUAUAUAUGACCUCUUGAGGUCAAUCAAGCUUACACACCACUAAUCAUAAUUGGUUUAGAAAAAUUCUGGGUACUUUGAGCACAUUGGUUUUUUUGUGGUUUUCAGCUUUACUGAUUUCCUGCUUAUUUGCUUGUGACUUCGGGAAUCCUCUUAUUGCAAACCAGGUCAUUUUGUAUCCCUACAGUAUAAUACAUUUCUGGCAAUUGUAACCUGGAUAUAUCCAGUAUCUUUGUACCAAUAUUCCAGGUUAAUAACAAGGAGUGGAAUGUUAACACACGUUCUGUAUUGCAUGCUACAGUUACUGCUUUGGAGUUGUCAUGAAGAGCAUUUCUUGCAUCUAGAUAAUCAGUAUAACAGACAGAACAGGGACAGGACUGAAACCGGUGUUCUUCCUGUCAGUAGUUUAGGUGUCUUCUAGCCUGGUUUCAGAUCUGUCUAAACCUGGAAUUGUAGCAGUGCUCUCUGAAAUGAGCCACAUUACAAAUCCAGUGGGUUAGCUAUACUGUCUGAGGCGCAGGGUCUCUACCUGUCCCUCCGUUCACCACACACCAUGCUAUGUCUUAUCUACCACACAGGUGUUGUUCAAACCCUGGUACUGUUCUAUGGUUUCGUCCCAAACAGCACCAUAUUCCCUUUGAUGUGCUCUGAGCAGAGCUCUAUGGGCCAUUAUGACGCAUUAGGUUGUGAAUAGACUGUUGUUUGGGACCCAACCAGUCCCCAACUGGAGCAGCAGCUGGGAUCCAGUUCUAGUAUUCACUUUACAGUUGUGUUGAUGAUGUUUGUUCAUCUCCAUGAAUGAUGAGGUAUGGUUCUGUUUCUGCCUGAGCCAGCAGGGUUGUGUUGAUGAUGUUUGUUCGUCUCCAUGAAUGAUGAGGUAUGGUUCUGUUUCUGCCUGAGCCAGUAGCGUUGGGUCGUCAUUAGCUGCUCUAGCCACAGUCAUAAGCCCUGCCUGACUCAAUUAAUCUUGUUAUAAUGUGAUUUUAAACUUAACCCUAAAGAAGCACAUUGGUUUUCCAAAUAUGUUUAUUUACUAGCUAGAAAAUGUGGUUAUAGAAUGUAGUGGAAACUUAACAGGUUGUGGGGAAAUUACACUUCAGUUCAGGAAGUGAGCUGAAAUUUCAAUUACAAACAGUCUUUACUGGAAAAGCUUUGAAGAAGCAGCAGUUGGUGACUUCAAAUAGCCUUUAAUUAACCACAACUGAGGGUCAAAGGAACUGAAUUUAUGUGUCUAUUUAAGCAUGGCUGGGCCAUACAGGGACCAGGGGUCCAUAGAGGGGUAGAGGUAGAACACUGUGUAUGGAAUAGGGACCCAUAGAGGUGAAGUGGUAUAGCACUGUGUAUGGAAUAGGGACCCAUAGAGGGGAAGUGGUAGAGCACUGUGUAUGGAAUAGGGACCCAUAGAGGUGAAGUGGUAGAGCACUGUGUAUGGAAUAGGGACCCAUAGAGGUGAAGUGGUAGAGCACUGUGUAUGGAAUAGGGACCCAUAGAGGGGAAGUGGUAGAGCACUGUGUAUUGAAUAGGGACCCAUAGAGGUGAAGUGGUAUAGCACUGUGUAUGGAAUAGGGACCCAUAGAUGGGAAGUGGGUGGAGUUUGGGGCACAGACUACAGAACGAUGCAUGUCACAGGGACCCUCAUGUGAGGGUCUUCCCUUCUUAAUGAGCACAAAAUAAAGAACUUCCUGUCAUCA